GAGUAGAGUUGUGUUCACGUGUGGUUGUGUCUCCUUUUUCCACAAAAUAGGUCACACAACCCACCUCCAUUCGUGAAAUAACUCUUCUAUAAAAAAAAACCCAAAAAAAAUAUAAAAAUUAUAAAAAUAUAAACAAAAAAAUCGUAAAACCGUAGCUGAAAACCGCAAAACGUAAGUAAAGUGUGGAAAAAAAUAGUAAUCAUUGUGUUACGAAGAGCAACGUGGUCGGAAGAGCGAAAGCCAUAUUGAAGGAACGAGAGGAACCAAAAACCAGAGAAUUUUGAACUUAAACAGCUGGACGACGAGGGAAUACAAUUACAAUGAAUCCGGGAGCUCCGAACUACCCAAUGGCCUCACUUUAUGUGGGUGACUUGCAAGAUGAUAUCACCGAGGCAAUGCUUUUCGAGAAGUUUUCAUCGGCUGGGCCUGUACUCUCGAUACGCGUCUGUCGUGAUUUGAUUACCCGACGUUCGCUCGGUUAUGCUUAUGUUAACUUUCAGCAACCGGCUGAUGCGGAACGUGCUCUUGAUACCAUGAACUUUGAUAUGAUAAAGGGGCGGCCUAUUCGUAUCAUGUGGUCUCAACGUGAUCCUUCUCUUCGGAAAUCUGGUGUUGGAAAUGUAUUUAUAAAAAAUUUAGAUAAAAGCAUAGACAAUAAAGCAAUGUACGAUACGUUCUCUGCUUUUGGUAAUAUACUUAGUUGCAAAGUAGCUCAAGAUGAAUCUGGUGUUUCUAAAGGUUAUGGUUUUGUUCAUUUUGAAACUGAAGAAGCAGCAAAUAAAUCUAUUGAUAGGGUUAAUGGCAUGUUGCUAAAUGGAAAAAAGGUAUACGUUGGUAAAUUUAUACCCCGUAAAGAACGUGAGAAGGAAUUGGGAGAAAAAGCUAAGCUUUUUACCAAUGUUUAUGUAAAGAAUUUUGGGGAAGAUAUGACAGAUGACAACCUUAAAGAAAUGUUUGAAAAAUAUGGGACCAUCACCAGUCAUAAAGUAAUGAUUAAAGAUGACGGGAAAUCUCGAGGUUUCGGUUUUGUUGCUUUUGAAGAUCCUGACGCUGCUGAACGAGCAGUACUUGAAUUAAAUGGAAAAGAGGUUGCUGAAGGAAAGUGUAUGUACGUUGGACGGGCGCAAAAGAAGGCAGAGCGUCAACAAGAACUCAAAAGGAAGUUUGAACAGUUAAAAUUAGAACGUUUAAAUCGUUAUCAGGGUGUAAAUCUGUAUGUAAAGAACUUGGAUGAUAGUAUAGAUGACGAGCGGUUACGCAAAGAAUUUGCACCAUUUGGAACAAUUACCUCUGCUAAAGUUAUGAUGGAAGAAGGACGUAGUAAAGGUUUUGGAUUUGUUUGUUUUUCCGCUCCUGAGGAAGCUACAAAAGCUGUAACAGAAAUGAAUGGUCGCAUAAUAGUUACUAAACCAUUAUAUGUUGCUCUGGCUCAGCGUAAAGAAGAUCGUAAAGCGCAUCUUGCUUCUCAAUACAUGCAACGUUUAGCAAAUAUGCGAAUGCAGCAAAUGGGUCAAAUUUUUCAGCCUGGUGGUGCUGGAAAUUAUUUUGUUCCCACUAUUCCACAACCACAAAGAUUUUAUGGACCUGCACAGAUGGCUCAAAUUCGUACAACUCCACGUUGGCCAGCGCAGCCUAAUCAAGUACGACCCAAUGCACAAACUGGAAGUUCUGGUUUUGCUACGAUGCAAGGUCCAUUUAGAGCUGCACCACGUGCUCCUACUGCACAAGCUGGUACUAUGCGAAGUACUUUAUCUGCUAGACCUAUCACAGGUCAACAAGCGGUUGGCGGUGCAAAUAUGCAAAACCGUACAAUGGCUGGUCCAGCAGUAGGAGUUUCAGCUCAAAGCCGUCCGUCAAAUUACAAAUACACUUCAAACAUGCGCAAUCCACCACAAGGAAUGGCAAUCCCUGCUCCUACUCCUGUUCAGCAAGCAGUUCAUAUUCAAGGCCAAGAACCACUAACUGCCUCAAUGUUGGCAGCUGCUCCUCCACAAGAGCAGAAACAAAUGUUGGGAGAGCGUCUUUUCCCGUUGAUUCAAUGUAUGUAUCCGCAACUUACUGGAAAGAUUACUGGAAUGUUGUUGGAAAUCGACAAUUCAGAGCUCCUGCACAUGUUGGAACAUAACGAAUCGCUGAAAGCCAAGGUUGAAGAGGCCGUAGCUGUAUUGCAAGCUCAUCAGGCCAAACAGGCUGUGGCUUCUAAAAAAGAGUAAACGUCUUAAUUAAGGUAUUUACUCUUUUUUAGAAGCCAUAAAACUUGAUUAGAAACCCUUUCAUGAUCAAUUAUUAGUUUUGUAUAAUAAUUUAUUUCUGUCAUUCUUGCAUGUCGUAAUUGUUUAAGCCACCAUAAAGCUUCAGAUCGAAAUUUGUUUAAACCAAGGAUAGUGGCAGAAUAAGGAAAAAAACUGAACAUGAGUAUGAACAAUUAAGAAAGGAUUCUUAAUUGUUAAUUUUUUUGUUAAUUCUUCCUUAAUUAUUUGUAAUGACGUUCCUCAUUCUGCCAUUAUCCUUAAUU